UGUUUAAAGUCUAUUUAUAGACAUCAAUCAUGGCAUGUGAGUUUAAUGGUGGCGUGAUAAUAGGUGCUGAUUCUCGAGGUACAACGGUAGCUUACGUCUCCAACCGCUUUGCCGAUAAACUGACGCGAGUGACAGAUUAUAUUUAUUGCUGCCGUUCCGGCUCGGCGGCAGACACACAAGCAAUUGCUGAUGUUGUAGCUUACCAUUUAGGAUUGCAUCAGUAAGAUAUCAAAAGACAUCUGUAAAUUUAUUGUGUCCAAUUUGCCGAUUAUAAGGUCACUUUUUCCCGAUGGAGCUUGGAAUGCAGCCCUUGAUGGAAACUGCUGCUAACGUAUUCCGUGAAAUAUGCUACAACUAUCGAGAUUCCCUCAUGGCUGGGAUUUUAGUCGCAGGAUAGGAUAAGCAAAAGGGUGGCCAGGUUUAUAGCAUUCCCAUAGGUGGUAUGUGUGUGAGACAACCGAUCUCGAUUGGUGUCCAGAUAGCACACUGAAUUCACAAAGUAUUCUUUAAGUUUUCUUUUUCUGAAUUGUAAUUCUUUAGGAAUUCAUAGAAGAAUACAAUAAUAGUGACAGAGAAAGUUACAUGCACCAUAAAUCGUUUUCCUGACAACUUCUUAAAGUAUUCAUCUCGAAUUCAAUAAAUGUAAACUUUAUGAAUUCAAGGGGAAUAGUGUUAGA